AUGAAGUGCUUGAUGCAGUUGCUGUCAAAUCUAGAAGAAGGAGUCUUACAAGAGAAGGAUGCAAUGCAAAUGCCGUUUUCAAAUGGGUUGAAGGAGAUUGUGCAUGUGGCAUAUAAUGAAAAUGUUUCCGAAAAAAUAGGUGCUUCCUUGAAUGAUGAUGAAGAGUUCAACCAAUCUUUCAAAUCAUGUGUUUGGGGAUCAGAGACACCAGAUGAGUUUGAAGAAACAUGGGACAAUAUCAUUUUCGACUUUGAGUUAGAAGAGAAUGAGUGGCUAUCAUAUAUGUUUGAAAUUCGAAGCAUGUGGAUUCCAGCAUACUUUAAAGACGUUUUGUUGGCUGGGAUAAUGAGAACAACAUCAAGAUCAGAAAGUGAGAAUUCGUUUUAUGGAAAUUUCUUGAAUCCUAAUGUCAACUUGGUUGAAUUUUGGAUGAGGUUUGAUUCAGCAAUCGAAGCACAACGACAUAAGGAGUUACUUGCUGAUAACAAUUCAAUUCAUUCCAUACCAAAACUAAUGUUGGAUCGUGACAUAGAGCGGCAUGCAAGAGAUGUGUAUACUCGCGAGAACUUUUAUAUAUUUCAGAAGGAAUUAUGGAUGGCUUGUGUUGAUUGUGGAAUUGAAAAUAAGAAAGAGGAAGAUGGAAUGGAAAUAUUUCUGGUGCAUGAUAAUAGUAAGGUUAAUCGUAAUCUUCGAGAAGUAGUGUACAAUUUGUCUGAUCACAAUGCAAACUACUCCUGCAAAAUGUUCCAGGCUGAAGGAAUACCUUGUAGACACAUACUUUGUGUUGUAAAGGGAAAAAAUUUGAAUGAAAUACCAAGUAAGUACAUAUUGAAUAGGUGGACUAAGUUUGCAAAUAAAAAACCUGUGUUUGACAUAGGUGAUAUUGUCUAUGAAAAGGCUGGGCAAGGUGGACUCGUUUCAAAUGUCUGGGAUAAGUUAUUUAGGUGUGUGGAGAAGGCUGGGCAAGAUAAAGAAAAGCUGCUUAUUGUGUUAAAUGGGGCUGUUAUAAUGGAAAAAGAGUUGGAUGAGUUUGAAGGGAGUUCUAAGCAAACCAAGACAAAUGAUUUGGAAACUUACCUCAGAACAAAUAUUCCUAAGAAAGUAGAAAUUCUUCCACAGUUUGCAAAGACUAAAGGUAGUGGUAAAAGAAUCAAAUGUGGCAAAGAGAAGGCUGUCGGACAACAACAAAAAAGAACGAGACUUUGCAAGGCAUGUGGUGAAUAUGCGCAUCAUGACAGCCGCAAUUGUCCUAACAAAUAA